UUGAAAAGUUGUAACUGGGUGUCCGGUGCUCCUGGACGGCCCGAGGAGGCAAUGAGCUCAGAGAGUAGUCAGACAGAGGGUGAUGUCCCACCGGCUACUAUGAGUCCUCCUACGGAAACCCGGUUACGUUAUCCGCUGCAUGUUCUUGUCUGGAAUAAUGAUUUCCGUGCGUUGGAGAGGGAGCUAGAGGGAAAGGAUAUAGAAGAGCUGGAUCCUCGAGGGCGGACUCCAUUGCAUCUAGCUGUAUCCUUAGGGCACCUGGAGUCAGCCAAAAUUCUACUAAGACACAAGGCAGAUGUCACCAAAGAGAACCGAGAUGGGUGGACAGUUUUACAUGAGGCAGUAAGCACUGGGGACCCAGAAAUGGUGCAGAUGGUUUUGCAGUAUCGGGAGUUCCACAAGGCAUCUACAGCUCUUGGAGGGGUGCCUGAGCUUCUUAAAAAGACAUUGGAGGCAUCUGACUUUUAUGUUGAAAUGAAGUGGGAAUUUACUAGUUGGGUUCCCCUAUUGUCCAGGGUAUGCCCCAGUGAUGUAUGCCGAAUCUGGAAAAGUGGAGCUAAUCUACGAGUUGAUGCUACCUUGCUUGGGUUUGAGAACAUGAGCUGGAUCAGAGGGAAGCAUAGCUUUAUCUUCAAGGAGGAAGAUAACUGGGCAGAACUUAUGGAGAUCAACCAUGAUGACAGGACGGUCACAAAGGAACGCUUUGAUAUCUCACAGGAGAUUGAGGGUAUCACUUUGGACUCCAUGCAGCCAGCAGAAAGGGAAGUCAGCAAAAGGCUCACCUCUCCUGUUAUCAACACCUCUUUGGAUACGGCAUCCAUUGCUUUUGAAAGAACCAAGUCUGGAUUUUGGGGCUGGAGAACAGAUAAAGCAGAAUGUGUGAAUGGUUAUGAAGCCAAGGUCUAUUCAGCAAAUAAUGUCAGUGUUGUGACAAAAACAAGGACUGAGCAUCUGACAGAAGAUGAAAAGUCUCGAUAUAAAGCUGAUAGAAACUUUCUGGAAUCUUUACUGGGGACAGUGGAGCAUCAAUUUGGAGCUCAAGGGGAUCUCACCACAGAAUUUGCCACAGCCAACAACCCUACAGCCAUUACUCCUGAAGAAUAUUUCAAUCCAGAUUUUGAACUGAAAAAUAGAGACAUUGGAAGACCCAAGGAAUUGGCAAUUAGGACACAAAAGUUUAAAGGGACAUUGUGGAUGUGUGAAGACUUUCCACUCUCCUUAGUGGAGCAAGUGACUCCCAUAAUUGAUCUCAUGGCAAGAACAAGUUCUCACUUUGCUCAUCUUCGUGACUUCAUUACACUGCAGUUCCCACCAGGAUUUCCAGUAAAAAUAGAAAUCCCUUUAUUUCAUGUUCUAAAUGCAAGAAUAACUUUUGGGAAUGUGAAUGCAUGCUCCAGAGCAGAGGAUAGUUCACCUUCAACUCCCAAAGGGUCACAAGAUGAGCAAGAAGAGGCUACCCCAGCUACAAAAUUUGAGGUGGACCCCUCUGUCUUUGAUAUACCCCCAUCCUAUAAUGUUCAGGAGAAUGGGAGGAGCCUACACAUGAGAGAUGAAGAUGAUGAGAUUAUGCAGUUUGCAAUUCAGCAGAGUAUACUUGAGUCAAGUGGCAAUCAGAUUAUGUCAGGAAGCAAUUCAAAUGGAAGCAUUUCUUCUCACCAAGUGUUUGACUGUCAGUAUGAAAGGGCCAUACAGGAGAGUCUUCUAGCCAACUCCCAAAGUGCCACCUCCAGUCUUAGUAGCCAUUCUCAUAGCUAUGACAAGGACUUGCAGUUUGCCAUGGAACUUUCUGCCAAGGAGCUAGAAGAACAAGAGAAGCAGCGCCUUCAGGAGGAGUCAGAGCUACAGGAGAUCCUGCAACUUUCACUCAUGGAAAAAUAGGCUCUCACAAAACAAACACACACACACCUAGGCUGAGGAACCUCCUAUGAUACGGGUCUUGCCCUCACCUUUCUAAAACCAGCAGAAUCGCUAUAUGUGAGGGAAUAGGAGAUCAGACUCUGUAUCUACCAAAGAACUGAGACCUUUUGAUACUCCUUUAUCUUUAUUUUUGUUUCUGCUUCCAGGCCUCUCAAACUGGGAACUCUUGUGUUCUUUGCCUACCACCUCGCUGAUUAUGGCAGCGUGAAUUUCUGUUAACUUUUCAACUAACACGUGAUGGAAACUGAAAUUCUGGAUGUAAAAUAAGUUUCUUAUGUAGUUUUUUUUAUAACGACCAUAGGACUCUGCAGUGUCUUAUCAUAAAGGUGCAUUCACUUUGUUGUAAAAUAAUACCUCCAAUUUUAAAACUGGGUGGAUAUUUAAAUAGCCAUAAAAGUGUCUACUCCUGAUGUAUUUUAACCUCUUUAGGGCUGGAGUUCCUUACACGAGUGUGGGAGUGGUUAAACAGUGGUUACAACGUUUAGUUAUUAACCAAUACAAAGACUAGUUACUAUCUAGUAGCUUGUUAAAGGUGCAAUCACCAAGGAUAUUUGAGGGAAAAUGUAAGAAAUGAAUUAACACAUUUUUAUUUAUUUAUAUAUUUUUUUUUUCUAGUUGUACAGUUUUAUUUUAAUUUUUGCUGGGAUUUGAAACUUAUUUAACUUUAGAUCACAUAAAUGUAUAAUUCAUUUUCAUGUCUUAUAAGGAAAACUUGUUUUUAGACUAUCCAAGAUCUGACUGAUUUGACCACAGGAAAUAAAUUUUAUCCCAUCAACAUGAUAUGAACAACAUGAACAACUGAUAUAAUUAAUUUGGAAAUGAACGGAGUUGACUAUGUAGUUAAAGCGGUUAUUAUAGUUUUUCCUGGGUCCACCAAUGUCUGCUUCAUAUAAUUCACUUGUUAGAUGAUUUUGUUUUUCUAUUCCCCAUCAUUAUAGCCGUUUGAGUUCUUUAAAGGGACAUAAAGUGCAAAAAAGACAUAAGCAUUUUAUUAUUGCACUAAUGCUCGCAUAUAACUGUGUUUAACCCUGGCAAAGGAGGGGCACACACAGGUAAAGGGACAGUAAAAACCUUGAGAUUUUUAAAUAUGUUUUAGUUAUGCAUAAUGAAACAUCUUGUCUAUAUAUUUUUAUUAUUUAUUUCUCAGUUUCAUGUAAUUUAGCUCUGAUAAUUGUGGUUUUUCGAAUUUUUGGAACUUGAAUGAACUCUGCUGACUUAUUAAGUCUAACCAUGUUACAUAUCUGCCGUAAUUGGCUUUAGCUGAGAACUGCAAAAUAUUGCACUUCAUAGUAACAUUAGUCUGCAGGCAACAAGGCUAGCCAAAAUGGUGGGUGCAGUUUGGCUAUUGAAAAACAUUUGCUGCAAAAAGGAGGUUAAUUUGUUAUACAAACGUGGCUGAUAUAUUAUUCUAUAACAACACAACUGAAAUGCCUUAUAAUAUACAAGAUGUUUACUGUCCCUUUUAAAGACGGCUCCAGAGCACCAACACACUAUUGGGAACUAGAUGAACACAUCCGGCAAGCAAACAGAAAGCCUUUGUGUGUCUAGCCACCAAUAACGAGCUAUCUCCCAGUAGUGCAUUACUGCUACUGAGCCUGACUUGCUAUACUUUUCAGCAAAGGAUACUACGGAUAAUAGUAGUAAAUUGAAAAGUCUCUUCAAAUGGCAUGCUCUAUCUGAACCAUGAAAGUGUUUUUAAUUUUGACUUUUAUGUCCCUUUUAAAAGGGCUGAUUUUUAGAGUGUUUCCUUUUGUUUCUCCUAGUCAGCAUUUUAUUUACAAUAGCUGCACUUAAAGGGAAAUUACAGCUAAGUAUUAUAUGUAUAUAUAUUUUUUAAAAGCAUAAUGGAUUGCACCUUUUUAAAAUUGCAAGAGAGGAAAUUGUUAGGAAAAAUUAAAAUGUGUACAUUUCAUGUAAAAUUAGAAAUAUAUUUGCCUAAAAUAUUACCUCCAAAAACAAGUGCAAAUAGUUUCAGAGAUGUCUACAAAAAUCUGCAGCAAAGUUUUAUUUUAUAUUUAGCAAAGUAUACUCAAUAUAUGAAAAAUAAGCAAGACUAGAACAAUUUCAAGGGAAAUGGAAGGCAAAAUAUUUUUCUAUUUAGAUGCAGCCUACAUGUUCAAUAUCCUUUUAAGUAUAUUAAAAGGUAUUUUAAACACAUUUUUUUUCUUUAAUGAUUUAGAUAAAUCAUAUCAUUUAAAACAACUUUUGAAUCAGCAGCUAGCUCCCAGCAAUGCAUUGCUACUCCUGAGCCUACCUAGGUAUUCUGUUCAAAAAGGAUACCAAGAGGACGACGCAAAGUAGACAAUAGAAGUAAAGUGGAAAGCAUUUCACAUGCUCUAUCUAAAUCAUAAAAGUUUAAUUUAGACUUUAUUGUCCCUUUAAGUUACCUUUACAUUAAUGCAAAUUUAGAUAGGCUCAGGGGUGUGCAUGUGUCUUAAUUUUAUGUUGUUAGAAAAACUGCUGCCAUGUAAUGCUCGAGUAACGUGCACACCACAGAGCCUACCUCCGUUUGCUUUUAAAGAAAGGAGCCAAGUUUUAACAAAUUGUAUGUUUAGUUUACCUCAUGAAAGUUAACUUUUGACCUCAAUGUCCCUUUAAGGUACUUUUAGAAGAAAUGUAUAAUGAUUUAUUGAUCUUCGUUUUUUUAAAUGUUUAUGGUAAAAUAGAAAAAGACAACCAAUGGAGAAAUAUUAUGAAAUUUAGCUUAUGUUCCUCCUUAUUAGCAAAGCCCAGUGGAGUUUUAAAGUUUUGAUGGGAAAUUCCUUUGCCAUGCUUAUAAUUCUGAGAAGAUUGGAUAGUUUUUAAUAUGUGAUUUACAAGGGUUUUAAAUUCAUUGUUACACUUUUUUUUUUUUUUAGCACUAACAUUUUUUUCUACUUUGGAGUUGCUGUAUUAUAUUUAUGUGCUGAAGGCACUGAUUUAUAUUGUGCUUUAUUUAUAGGCUAUAUAUUUUAAAUUAUAGCAGCCAACACUCCCUUUCCAGCGUGCACGAUUGGCUUUUCCUUAACAUUUCAUUUAUUUAUAUUUUUCUGUAGUAGGAAAUGUACAUCAUUAUUGAUAAAAUUAUAUAUAUAAUUUGCAGAUAGAUUAUUUCUGAUUUACUCAAACUGUGGAGAUUUUCUCAGCUAUUUAUGACUGUAUGUGGUGGGUGCAAAAGCCAAGCAAGAUGUACUUACUUUCUAAAAUUAAAAACUUUUACUGUCAACUCUGGCAGCUAAGGAAUUAUCUUUGGGUUACUCGCCAUAAGAAAGUUUCCGGUUAUGUUAUAUAUGGAGUGCACGGUGUAUGAAUAAAAUAGAACCAAUUUACUAUG